AUGGAAAUUAAUUAAGAAACUCUAAACUUUUUAUUUAAAGAAUUAUGUGGGAUAGCUUUCUUUUAACAAAAAUCAUAAAAUGAAUUAAAUGACCUUUAUCAAUAUUAUACAUUGCAAUAAGCUAAGUUAAUGGAUUAAUUUUAUCAUUAUUAAACAAUCAAUGAAUAAGAAUUAAAGUAAACUUGGUAUUAUAUUAUAUAGAUUGGUAAACAGAUUUAUAGCAAGAAUUUCAGAAGCUUUUUAAUUAAUGGUGGCAAAAAGAUAAAUUGUGAGAUGUUAAGAAUCUAAAUUUUAACCAACAAUAUAUAAUUGUUUGACUUCCACUUUUGAAGGCAAAAAUAAUCUUAUCUGUUAGUUAAUUUAAGCAAUAUAUGGAGAGUGUAGACUUUAGAUUGAAAUAUUAAUAAAUAAGAACCAAAAGAUUGAAGUUAAAAGAGUAAUUAUUUAUCAAUAUUAAGAUACACAGUCAAGAUAACAACAAUGAUGAAGAUAAACUUCAGAAUCAAUUCUAUUCAGUUUAAGUUACAAAUAAGAAAAAUAUUUAAAAUGAUUGGCAAGUUAAUAUUAAAAAUAAUAAAAAGUUGAAUAAUUACUAUUCAAAAGUAUUUCCUAAAUUAUAUGAUGUUAUUAGCAAUUCUGAUAAGUAUAUAAUAUAUAAUAAUUAUAGUAGUUAAGAUGAAUAAAUACUUUAUUUCUAAAAUAGAGAUUAAAAUAUGGAUAGAAUAUUCAAUUAGUUACUUUAGUAAAAUUAACAUAUAAAAUAAUCAUUAAAUUGGUCAAUCAAUUUGGAUCAACAAAUAUAUAACAAUAAGAUUGAAUAAAAAUUAUAAAAACUAAAAUUAUAAUAAUUAAUCCCAAGUCAUUAAUUAUCAACAUAAUCAUCUCCAACAAAACCUUCGUAACCAUCUAAUAAAUCAAUUAAAUAAAAUACUCCUAUAAGUCCCUUCAAAAAUAAUAUUAUUAAUAAUAAUAACAAUUUUGGUAAAAUGCCAUCAAUCAAAGUAAAAUUCAGAAGCAUAUCACAGAAUGUUCCUUUGAGCGAUACAAAUUUUAAAAGUUAAAAUAUGUUCUUGAAUUCUCAACAAUAAACAUAAUAAAAUAAAUAAUCCUAAUAAUAUUAUUCAUCAGAAACAGAAAAAAACGAGUUGUUUUCUAAAAUAAUAGAAAGUUAUAAAUAAAAUUAAUUUCAACUAAAUAAAGUAAAAAUAGAAUUCAAACCCAAACGUUAAUAUUGCUCUGUUCUAAAGAGUAAAUUAAUGAUAGAUCUCAUACCACUUCAUAAUUCAAAAUUAAAACCUAAAGCUACUCGAUAUUUUUUGUAAUAAAUACCAUCAAUAAUUAAUUGA